ACCAGAGAAAAGCCAAAGGGGAUGCAAUCAACAUCCGUCGGUAGUAGCGGCGGUGGUGAUGACGGAGGAGGUAGCAGAGGAGGAGGAGGAGGAGGAGGAGGGGUGAGUCGAAGUGGACUAUCUCGGAUCCGUUCAGCUCCAGCUACUUGGCUUGAAGCUUUACUUGAGGAAGAUGAAGAAGAGUCUAUGAAACCUAAUCUUGGUCUCACCGAUUUGCUUACGGGGAACUCGAACGAUUUACCGACAAGUCGUAGCUCGUUCGAGUUCCCGAUUCCUGUUGAACAAGGUUUGUAUCAACAAGGUGGGUUUCACCGACAAAAUAGUACUCCGGCGGAUUUUCUUAGUGGUUCUGAUGGAUUUAUACAAAGCUUUGGGAUUCCGGCGAAUUACGAUUACUUAUCGGGGAAUAUCGAUGUUUCUCCGGGAAGUAAGCGGUCUAGAGAAAUGGAAGCACUCUUCUCUUCUCCUGAGUUUACUUCUCAAAUGAAAGGAGAGCAAAGUAGCGGUCAAGUUCCUGCCGGGGUAUCAGGCAUGACGGAUAUGAACAUGGAGAACCUUAUGGAGGACUCUGUUGCCUUUAGGGUUCGGGCUAAACGUGGUUGUGCAACUCAUCCCCGAAGCAUCGCCGAGAGGGUACGAAGGACGCGGAUUAGUGAUCGGAUAAGGAAGCUACAAGAGCUUGUACCUAACAUGGACAAGCAAACCAACACGGCAGACAUGUUAGAAGAAGCUGUAGAAUACGUGAAAGUUCUUCAAAGGCAGAUCCAGGAGUUAACAGAAGAACAGAAGAGGUGCACAUGCAUACCAAAAGAAGAACAAUAAGAAAGUUAAAAUUUUGUACAAUAAUGAAGAAAGUUAAAA